CCUGUGUCUCUUUCCAGAGGGAGUGUCUUUCCAUCCAUGUGGGCCAGGCUGGAGUCCAGAUGGGCAAUGCCUGCUGGGAACUCUAUUGCCUAGAACAUGGAAUCCUACCAGACGGGACCAUUCCUGCCCCAAAGGCAAGUGAACAAGUGGAUUCCUCUUUUGAGACUUUCUUCUGUGAGACUGCAGCAGGGAAGCAUGUUCCCAGAGCCGUGUUCAUAGACCUGGAGCCAACAGUCAUUGAUGAGAUCCGCACGGGGACCUACCGCUUGCUGUUCCACCCGGAGCAGCUCAUCACAGGCAAGGAGGAUGCAGCCAAUAACUACGCCCGAGGUCACUACACCAUUGGGAAGGAAAUCAUUGAUAACGUAUCGGCCAGGAUUCGCAAAAUGGCUGACCAGUGCAGUGGCCUUCAAGGGUUCCUGGUCUUCCACAGCUUUGGCGGAGGCACAGGCUCUUGGUGGGGAGGGAUGGAGGAGGGGGAGUUCUCCGAAGCCAGGGAGGACAUGGCUGCUCUAGAGAAGGACUAUGAGGAAGUUGGGUUGGAUUCUGCAGAUGGGGAUGAGGAGGAGGAAGGAGAAGAUUAUUAAACACUUGUUCUAGGCAUUAGCCUGGCAGUGCUAUUCCUCUGUGGGCUAGAUGUAUCUGGGGUUACAUUUAGUUACUUGCAGUCUUGCUGCUAGAUGCAUC